CUUGCGACAGUUUGACCUUCAAGUGCCCACAUCCUUUAACUGAGAUCGACAUCCUUGAAGCGCUGCCGGCGCUGCAUCUUCCAUUUUUGAUUUCAGUUGGAAUAUUCCUUUAAUCUCGCGCUUGUUUUACUUCAGAUUGUUGUUGAUUUCUCUCCUUAUAAAGUAGAAGCCAUCAAUAAUGGGGAAGUCUUCACGUGAUAAACGUGAUAUUUACUAUAGAUUAGCUAAAGAAGAGGGUUGGAGAGCACGUAGUGCCUAUAAGCUGCUACAGAUUGAUGAUGAGUAUGGAAUUUUUUCUUCUGAAAAUGCUCCUUUAGAACGAGUGGUUGAUUUGUGUGCUGCACCUGGUAGCUGGUCACAAGUAUUAUCAAAACGUUUAUGGGAAUCGAAAUCUCCAAAGGAUAAAAAAUCUGUACUGCAUACAUUUUGAGAUUUCAUUAUUGAUAUUUCUUAAUGAAGGUGAAAAUCGUUGCCGUGGAUCUACAGGCUAUGGCCCCAAUACCAGGAGUUAUUCAAAUUCAAGGUGAUAUUACUAGUCAGGAUACGGCUCAACAGAUCAUCAAACAUUUUGACGGCAAGUUAGCUCAACUUGUUGUUUGUGAUGGUGCUCCAGAUGGUAAGUGAAUUUGAGCUUUUCAAGUUAAUAGUUUUCUAUUUGUAAAUUGAUUAUAUGUAAGUUUGGACUUCUGUCCGUUUAAACUUUUGGUAUAAAUAUAUGCCACUUUGUAUUAGGUUUAUUUUAUUGACUCUUUGUGUUCUACUACCAAUUUUCAUUGAGUAAUGUACUUUAAUCUUAAAAUCCUUACUCCACGUAUUAACGAUCUUGCUAACAAUUUUCUUAUUAUUUUUGUAGUGACAGGUCUACAUGAUUUGGAUGAAUAUGUUCAGUCGCAUCUUAUCUUAGCUGCUAUAACUAUCUGCUCAAGAGUUCUUGAGCUUGGUGGUACAUUUGUUGCUAAGGUUUUUCGUGGACGAGAUUCUGGUUUACUAGGUUCCCAGCUCCGACUUUUGUUUUCGGGUGAUGUUAGUUUUGCAAAACCAAGAGCUAGUCGGAACUCUAGUUUAGAGUCCUUUGUUGUAUGUCGUGGAUUUAUGGGUCCUCGUUUACGGACAGAUUUGAAACCAUCCACAUCUUUCGAGAAUCAUUCAAGCAACGAUAGUUUGCUAUUAUUAUGGUACGACAAGGAUAACUUUGAAGACGUUAAUUCUUCUCAACAAGCUCUAUUACCAUUCAUUGCGUGUGGAGAUCUAAGGGGUUUUGACCCAGAUGUCACGUAUACUUUAGACCCUGAUCAUAUAGUCAAGCCACCAGUACAAGUUCCUGUAGAUCCUGCUUAUUCCGAAGUUUGCCGAUUCAGUCGCUUAAAUCAAUCAAAUACUUCGAAAUUUCAAUCUUUGGAAAAGAAUAAUGAAAUUGAUAAUAAUGAUGAUAUUUCUAGAUUUACAGAACUUAUGGAAAAGUUGUCUUUCGAUCCAAGAGAAGAUCAUUUAUGAUGUUUGCUUUUUAUGGACAAAACUAUUUUAUUCUAUAAACAAAUAAAUAUAUUACAUUUAUUC